UCUGCAACUCCGUUCGAGCCCCUGUCUUUCUGUCUUCCAUGAUCGGAUCGCGCAUCGGCUGGCUGCUGUACUACGAUCAAUUUUCCCAGCUGGACUUUCUUGGUUCGUACGACCAGCUCAAUUAUCAUGCGGACAGAGCAUUAUCGACUGAUACUACGCAGAGAGCGUUGCGUUGUUGCAUUGUUACGUUGCUGCUUUAUGCAUUUGCCUUACAUGGCUUUUGAGCACACACUGACCACACCUGUCGUUCAGCGAGGCCGCCUACCAUCAUU